GAAAAAUGGAGGAAAACGGCAACAGAGGCGACGCCAAACGCUGUCUAGCAAUCGCCGAGAAGCUUCUUCGAGGCCGUCAUUUGAAAGCCUCAAGAGAAGCCGCUGUCAUCGCCCAACAAAACGAUCCGCUCCUGGAAGGGCCAGAUCAGAUCCUAGCCGUCAUCAACGUACUUAUCGCCGCCGCAAAAAGAAUAAACGAGCACCGCGAUUGGUACUCCAUCUUGCAAGUCGAUUGCCCUUCCCAAGACAAAGAUCUCAUCAAUAAACAGUAUCAUCGCCUAGCUCUCCUUCUUGACCCCGAAACGAAUGAUUUCCCUUUCGCCGAUAAUGCGUUCAAGCUCGUAACCGAUGCAUGGUCCAUUUUAUCUAACACCUCCAAAAAAUCUCUUUACGACAAAGACUUGGACUCUUGUACGAGGACUAAUUCAUGCAUUGCCGGCGACCGUUCGAAUAAAGCCGGGGAAUCGACGGUCACGAGAGGAGAGCAAAAUCAGGAGCUUAAGAAAAAACGCAUGCCGAAUUCGGAGCCGCGUAAUGAGAAUCAAAGGCCUAGAAUGUCGACGUUUUGGACAGCGUGUCCGUACUGUUACAGGUUGUUUGAAUAUCCUAGGAUUUACCAAGGUUGUUGUUUAAGGUGCCAGAAUUGCGACAGGGCUUUCCAUGGUGUUCUGAUUCCGACUCUGCCGCCAAUGAUUCCGGAAAAAGAAGCUUAUUACUGUAACUGGGCGUUUUUUCCGUUAAUAUCUGGUGAUCAAGAGGAUCGAAUGGAAGCUCCUCCUGGGUUUCCCGUAAAGCGGCGAGAGAGUGAAAGAAAAGGGGGUACUGUGGCUUCGCCGCCGCAGGAAGCUGCUCCCAAGACCACCUCAAAAAAGGCGUUUUCUCCGUCCGGUGGUCAAGAGAGUCGAAUAAAACCUCCUCCUGGAUUUCCAGUAAAGAGGCGAGAGAGUGAAAGAGAUGGAGGUGCUGUGGCUACGCCGCCUCAGGCAGCUGCCCCCAGGACUACCACGGAUAAGGCAUCCAAAGGGAGAGACAAUGCUGCGGCGAGUUCGGGUAGGAAUCCACCCGAUUUUGCCCCUAGGAAGAAAGGGAGGCCGAUGUGAGAUUUCCUAGGUAAUGGAUUAUGGGGUUUUUUUGGUGUUGGUUUAUAGCAAGCUGACCAUAAUGCAGGAGUUUUUCCAUCAUCUGGGAUGGAUUUUAAUGGACGGAUAAUGUCGAGGCUGAAACUCGGCUAAUUCAGGGAGAAUGCAUAGGUAUUGUAGUAGUUGCUGCUAACUGUUUUGUUUGUAGAUAUUAGGUUGUUAGCGCAAUAGUUGAUUGUAAAAUUAUGAUAUAUAUGCAAUGUCGGGUCGGCAAGUUCUUGCACCAUUGAUUUUGAGAUAUUUUGACUUGUUUGCGUUUGAUUGAAUUGGUGCAUCUUCUUGUGGGAAAAUAUGGUUAAAAGCCAUCAAUGUUGUAGGUA